AUAUUGAAAUUUGUUUCACUUGGUCUACAAGGAACUUGGGGGCUCUCGAUUUAGAUCCCUUCACGUUGGUGUUGUGAGAAAUGAGUAGAGUGCCUAAAGUUUUUGGCAAGACCUAUGCGACUCCGCGGAGACCGUUUGAAAAGGAGCGUUUGGACCAAGAGUUAAAGCUCAUUGGUGAAUAUGGUCUGCGCAACAAACGCGAAGUAUGGAGAGUAAAAUAUGUCUUAGCCAAGAUACGUAAGUCAGCCCGCGAGUUGCUGACACUGGAUGAUAAAGACCCCAGACGGCUUUUUGGAGGGUCCGCUCUGCUGAGACGCUUAGUUCGAGUUGGUGUACUUCCCGAAGAUAAGAUGAAACUGGAUUUCGUUUUGGGCUUGAAGAUAGAAGACUUUUUAGAACGAAGACUUCAAACUCAAGUUUUUAAACUUGGUUUGGCCAGAAGCAUCCAUCAUGCCAGAGUCCUCAUCCGCCAACGGCACAUAAGAGUGAGGAAACAGAUGGUUAACUGUCCUGGGUUUCUGGUACGUUUGGACUCAGGAAAACAUAUAGAAUACAGUACAACAUCUCCAUAUGGUUGUGGUCGCCCUGGUCGUGUCAAAAGGAAAAAGGAGCGUAAAGCCCAAGGUGGUGACGACGAGAACGGAAGUGAUGAAGAGUGAUUAUUAACUUCAACGGAAUAAAUAUCGAAAUUGC